GAGGGUUGUGUGCCUGGGGCUGCCAGGCGGGGGCUGUUUCGGGCCGCGUUCUCUGGCGGGACCGUAGAAAGGGUAGCAGCUCCUGCUGCUGUCUAAGAGCCGCGGGGAGAGGAAGAGCUCCCCCGUUCCUUACCCCGCCACCUCCCCAUCCCACCCUACCCCCUCCUCCCCUUCCUCACUCCCCUCCCCCCCGGCUUCCCACCACGGCCGCUCUCGGCGAGGAAACUCUGGCCUCCGCUUCCUCCUCCUCCGACUCGGACACCGGCGGAGCCUCCCCGCCACCGCGGAAGAAAGCGCGGGCUUCCCCGGCGGCGGCGGCGGAGGGAGCAGGAGAGCCCGGGGCUUCCGCGGGCAGAGCAGGCCUCACCUCGUCUUCAUCCCCCUCGCUCUCCUGCGGGCUUGCCCCCCCGGCUGCCACCCCCCUCAGAGCCAGCGGCAGCGCCAUGCAGGCCAACGGAGCAGGAGGGGGUCAGCAGCAACAGCCGCCGCCGCCGCCGUCGUCGUCGUCACAGGGUCCGGAUCUGGGCUGCCUCAACGCCCAAAACGGCGAGGCCUCGUCGGGAUUGACCACUGGAGAGCAGCUAGCUCACGCCAAUGGCUUGCUGCCGUCGGCCAACAACGGCGACGGCGGUGGCGGCUCGAGUGUCAAUAAUGGGGUCUCGGCCCCCGGCGGCUCCGCGCUUGAGAUGGGGGGAGGCAGCGGCGUCGGCGUCGGCAGCAGUGCCCUGAAGAAGAAGAAGAGACUUUCGCAAUCCGAUGAGGACGUGAUCCGGCUCAUCGGGCAGCACCUCCACGGUUUGGGCCUCAACCAGACUGUUGAUCUUCUCAUGCAAGAGUCAGGAUGUCGUUUAGAACACCCUUCUGCCACCAAAUUCCGCAAUCAUGUCAUGGAAGGAGAAUGGGAUAAGGCUGAGAACGACCUGAAUGAACUGAAGCCAUUGGUGCACUCGUCUAAUGCAAUUGUGAAGAUGAAGUUUUUGCUGCUGCAACAAAAAUAUCUAGAAUAUCUGGAAGAUGGUAAAGUUUUGGAAGCACUUCAAGUUCUGCGUGGUGAGUUGACACCACUGAAGUACAACACUGAGCGCAUUCACAUCCUUAGUGGAUAUCUCAUGUGUAGUCAUCCAGAAGACUUGCGCACUAAAGCAGAAUGGGAAGGAAAAGGAACAACGUCUAGAUCUAAACUUUUGGACAAGCUCCAAACUUACCUACCCCCAUCAGUGAUGCUCCCCCCAAGGCGUCUGCAGAAUCUGCUACGUCAAGCUGUAGAGCUACAACGGGACCGGUGCCUCUAUCACAAUACUAAACUUGAUAAUAAUCUAGAAUCUGUAUCACUACUCAUAGACCAUGUUUGCAAUAGGAAACAUUUUCCAUGUUAUACUCAGCAGAUACUUACAGAGCACUGUAAUGAAGUAUGGUUCUGUAAAUUCUCCAAUGAUGGCACUAAACUAGCAACAGGAUCCAAGGAUACAACUGUUAUUAUUUGGCAGGUUGACCCUGAUACACAUCAACUAAAACUGCUCAAGACUUUGGAAGGCCAUGCAUAUGGUGUCUCCUAUAUCGCUUGGAGUCCUGACGACAACUAUCUGGUUGCCUGUGGCCCAGAUGACUGCUCUGAGCUUUGGCUCUGGAAUGUACAAACGGGGGAGCUAAGGACAAAGAUGAGUCAAUCUCAUGAGGAUAGCUUAACCAGUGUGGCCUGGAAUCCAGAUGGAAAACGUUUUGUGACAGGAGGGCAGCGUGGGCAAUUUUACCAGUGUGAUUUAGAUGGUAAUCUCCUAGACUCCUGGGAAGGAGUAAGAGUGCAGUGCCUAUGGUGCUUGAGUGAUGGGAAGACUGUGCUGGCAUCGGACACACACCAGCGAAUUCGGGGCUAUAACUUUGAGGACCUUACAGACAGAAAUAUAGUACAAGAAGACCAUCCAAUUAUGUCUUUUACUAUUUCGAAAAAUGGCCGGCUAGCUUUGUUAAAUGUCGCAACUCAGGGAGUUCAUUUAUGGGAUUUGCAAGACAGAGUUUUAGUGAGAAAGUACCAAGGUGUUACACAAGGGUUUUACACAAUUCAUUCAUGUUUUGGAGGCCAUAAUGAAGACUUCAUCGCUAGUGGCAGUGAAGAUCAUAAAGUAUAUAUUUGGCACAAACGUAGUGAGCUGCCAAUUGUGGAACUGACGGGGCACACACGUACAGUCAACUGCGUGAGCUGGAACCCACAAAUUCCAUCCAUGAUGGCCAGCGCCUCUGAUGAUGGCACUGUUAGAAUAUGGGGACCAUCACCUUUUGUAGACAGCCAAGAUAUUGAAGAGGAAUGCAGUAGCAUGGAUAGUUGAUGGUGAAUUUGGAGCAGACGACUUCUGUUUAACUUAAAUUUAGUCGUAUUUUAAAUGGCUUGGGAUUUGGUGCAAACAAACAUGAUUGAUAGCUGGACAGACAUGCUCAUCAUGAAAAUGAACCAUUUUUUAAGCCCGACUGGGGCCAAACAUUUUACCACCUUGCUUCAUAGUAAACAGUUGAAAUGAAGCACGUCGUUAGAACGUUGUUGGACACCAUGUUGAAGUAACCCCCCAUCGGUUGUGAAGAACUGUGCUACAUUCAGGCUAACCAUUGAACUCCGUAUAUACAUUUUCCCCUUCUGCCAUUUUGUCAGGCAGACUACUGUUCUUGUUGCUCUUCUGUGUAAUGAAGUUUAAAUGCUUGUUUGGAAAACCUUUUAUUUAACAGUUUAGAAAG